ACAACUAUCGUAAACCGCGACACGCCCGAACACGAUUAGAUAAAAACUACGUACAACUUACAAUUUUGUAGGAAGAAGCUCGGUCUCGUCGUCUACCUUCGUGUAUAUCGCACAAACAUGCAGUGGUAUUGAUUUAUGCAGUUUGUGAUGUAAAAUAAAUAAGGGUGCCGCAAAGCCGACACGUUUUUUUUCGGUACGGAUAAUAGUACCAACGUGACUACUGACGUUCUAAUUAACGAUUUUCCUAACCUCCGAGCAGACGACGAAAUAUCGUUCUGCCGUGUUUAUCGCAUGGUAAAAGAUGAGCAACUGCUAAUGUUUUUCCAUCGAAAGUUCGUUCAGUAAUUUUUGAAGAUCAAUAUUCAAGAGCAUUGUCAGACUUGCAGACAGGGUUUUGACGCGUUUUUUUUUUCGUUAAUCUUAAGUACCUAAAAUAAAUUGAUAAGGAUUUAUUGAGAUUAACUUUGUCUUCCUGAAAUAUUUCGAUUCGCAAAUGUUUGCAUAAUGAACAAUAUAAAGAUGCGUGUGAUUCACAAGAUGAAAAUAAAUUUCAGAAUGACUAAGUGUAAGCAAUAUUGAAGCGUAAUCAUUCAAUCAGCAGUCAAUAUAGCCUUGCAGCAAUAUUUUUAUAAGCUUUAGUUGUCAUUUACAUUGAUGAAUACACAUUGAUGUAGCAAUUCAAUGAAAAACACACGAAACGUUAUUUGUUAUAAAAAUUGAGUAUGAGCUUUUAUUUGUCAAUAGCUCAUAUAAAAAUUAGAACGAGAUAUAUUUAAUGACUGAAUUAAAUUCAAUGUGAAAAUAUUACAGAAAUAAUACAGAAAGAUGGCAGAAGUGAAACUUUGUAACAAUAGCAUUAGUCAACCUUUCACUCUGACAACAAUGAGAAACAACAGCCUGAUUAGAUCAUUUUUAUUACCCCAAGAUAUCCACAUAAAAGACAGAGAAGGCAACAGUGCAUUACAUUUUGCAGCUACAAACAGUGAUACACACCUCUUGCAAAUGCUGCUAAAUGCUGGGACUGCUGUUAAUGAUAGAAGAAUAGAUGGAUGUACUCCACUUUAUACAGCCAUUGAAUCUGGACAGGAAGAAAAUAUCAAGGUACUUUUAAAUCAUGGUGCAAGAAUUGAUUUGAAAAAUUUAUUCAGCAAGACUCCACUACAUUUGAUAGCUUGCUUAGAUUAUCAAGAUGCCGAUAAAACUGUGAGGCUAGCGAAGUUAAUCCUUAAUCGAGGGGUUAAUAUAAAGAUUUUAUUGAAUGAGUGUACAGAUUCUGGAGAAACAGUAUUGCAUCAUGCUGUUUUAAGUAAUAAUGUGAAACUUAUUAAACUAUUGUUAGAAUAUGGAGCCAAUAUCAAUGCCAAAAAUAGAGAUGGCAAAAGUCCUCUUUACUUUGCAGUUGAGUGCAGUAAUACCAAAAUUUUAAAUUUUUUACUGGAGAAUGGGGCAAGAGUUAACGACAAAAUGAAUCAUGGUUUUACAGCUUUACACGAGGCAAUAAUUCAGCGAUCAGAAGACAACAUUGAGUUACUUCUUAGUCACGGAGCUGAAGUAAAUUCCAAAGAUAUUUAUGGUAAAACGCCUCUUCAUUUGGCUGCAAGGCUAAAUUACUUGGAUGAGAAAACUAUGGAUAAAAUAGUGAAACUGCUUCUGGAUAAAGGAGCAGAUGUCAAUGAUCACACAAAUUCUGGAGAAACUGCAUUUCUUUGUGCUGUGAUUAAUGGCAAUGAACGAUUGGUCAGACUAUUUUUAGAACAUGGAGCAAAUGUAAAUACCAAAAAUUAUGAUGGCAAAAGUCCAUUACAUUUUGCAAUACAGUACAGCAAUAAAAACAUAGUAAAAUUAUUACUUGACAAAGGAGCUUCAAUAGAUGACAGAACGAGCGAUGGCAAGCUGGCUCUUCAUGUUGCUGUUGCAGUAGAAGAUGAAAAUAUGGUAAAGAUUCUACUUAAUUAUGAUGCAGAUGUAAAUGCAAUUGAUAAAAGUGGUAAAACUCCUCUAUCGUUAGCCUUUGAAGUAGCCCAUAUGAGAAGUAUAUAUAACCCAUGGAAUGGCUUUAAUCCAUUUCACUCUCAUACAGGAUCGGACGACAAUAUCUUUGAUUUGCUUAUCAAACAUAUAGCAAAAUUCACCAAUGUGUGCGAAGAAAAUCUAAGAAUGAUAAAUAACAACGAGCAUUUACACCAAUUCUACGUGGACUGUCAGAUUGAAUUAUCGAGAAUGAAGAAGGGUCGCGUAUGCGAUAACAUAUCCAUGUACAAAGUAUUAACCAGAAGUACAAAUGCACUAGUGUCCUAUUCUAGAAACAGAAACCUCGCAAAAAUCUUCGAUUCAGAUCGGUACGCACGAGAAUUCCCCAUUUAUUAUCCCAUGUUAAAGCACCGAUUUAGCAAAGCGCAAUAUCGGCGAAGAUUAAUGGAACCUUCAGCGGUGACUUUCGCAUCGCUACUUCGGCCGUAUUCCUUGCCAGACAUCGUGACCAACGAAAUUCUAAGCUACCUGACAAUAGAAGACUUGAUGAAUUUGCAAAUGAGUUAACGGGCAGUUUUUAUUUCAUUAAGUGAAAAUUGAUACUUCGAAAUAUUGUGAUAUAUUUUUUAGACGUUGGUGCAUCCGAGUGUACUAUUUAUAAUUGUCAAUGUUUUUUUUUUAAUAAAAUCGUUAAAACUGUUAUUAAAAAAUUAACUUGCGUUUUGUUUUGUAAGUCUGAUGCAACUGUUUCUAAAUAAACCAAGUGACAUCACGAGAGUAAAUAACAUGUCGUCACUUAUAUUAGUAUAGCUCCAGAAAUAAAAGGUUCGUAGAAAAAUUUCGCGUGAAUGCUGCCUAUACUAUUGAAAUUGCAAAUGAUGUGCGGUUUGCGGUGCUUUGUUUGAGAACAUAUCAAGAGAAAAUCAAUUCAAACGGCCGAGUAUUCAAGGAGCAAUGAGAGAAAAGGAAAAAAUAGUGAUGGGAGCGACUCUGCUCUGGAGAGUUCUUUUUUAUUUAUGGUAUGGUUUCCACUUGCAACUUGCAGUGCAACAUUUUUUUCCGACGCGACUGAUGUUAACGCAUAAAUUCAAAGUAGUUCUUAAUUAAUUCAUUUGUUUUUAUGCACUUCGAG